GUGUCGCCUCGGGUCAAAUAAAAUAAAACUACUGUUUUAUUUGAUAUAUUUUAUUCGCGAAAAGUUAAUUAGUAGAUAACUGAUUACAUAUAUUGUGGACAUUAACAGUAAAUCAAAUUAAACGAGCUUAGGAUUAGUUUAGUACGAGCCCCAGUGUUACGGUGAAUAAAUCUACCCUGUUGAUAAAAAAAAAAAAACCUUAACUUCUGUGUGAGUGUCGUGUGUGUGUUAUUCCAAAUACUGCAACACAAAAUAUCAUGGCCAAGUGCGGUGGAUGUGGCCAAUUCAUUGCUGCAACAGCUAGCAUUCGGUGUGGCAAGUGCGCGGUCUGCUACCACCGCGCCUGUGUGGGAGUACCGCCUUCAGCAACCCCCUCGCCUGCAUGGCUGUGUCCUGGAUGCAAGGCGAAACUUCCCAAGACCGACAAUUCCGCGACACCGGUUAAAGGUGCAGCAGCGGAUUGCUCGGUCCCAAAUAGUCCCCCCACCGUCACCCCCUCCGUGAGUCUGGAUUUGGCGCAUGAGAUCAGAGCUUUCAGGGAGGAGUUAAGCGCUCUAAGAGUUGAUAUACGUGAGCUACGGCAGGAAAAUGCACAAUUUAGAGCUGCCAUAAACGGUUGCAAUGAGCGGCUGGACGCGGUAGUGCACAGGGUGGAUACCCUCGAGCAGCGGUUCGAGGCGAAGGACCCCUCAUCGUAUGACCAUCUGGAGGAGACGAUCGCUGACUUAAAGCUACAACUGAACGAGCGCGAUCAGGAACUUCUGUUGAAUGACGUCAUCGUGUCGGGUAUACCGGAGUCGAACACCGAGAACCCGGCACACAUACUUAAAACACUGUCGCUGAAGCUGGGGGUCGACCUUGACGAUAGGGACAUAGUAAACGUCGAGCGCCUCGGCAUGGUACGUCGUAAUUUUAUCGCCGGUUCAUCCCAGCACGACAUAACGGAGCGUCCGCGGCCGCGCGCCAUCGCGGUGCGCCUUUCUCGCCGUACGGUGCGAGACAAACUACUUCAAGCGGCGCGCGUGCGCCGCGGCCUCACCACUGCGGAUCUCGAUCUACACGGCCAGCCUCGGAGGGUGUUUGUAAAUGAGCACUUGACUCGCUCUAAUGCAAAGUUAUUCCAUCUAGCUCGAGAGGCUGGGCAGCGUUCAAAGUACAAGUACGUGUGGACAAGGGAGGGACGCAUCUACGUGCGGAAGGAGGACGGCGUCUCUGCUGUGCGCAUUCGCUCGCACGCAGAUAUCAUAAAAACUUUUGGGGACGGUUAUGUUUGAUGAGUGUGGGUGUUAAUAGAUAUUUCUGUUCGGUUUGUGUAUUUCACUUUGUUUUCAUUUUUUUGCUGUAUACCCUUUAUCUUGUUGACGACCUCGCGAUAUGUGCUACGUUACAUUUAUUUUAUAUUAGUUUUUCUGCUACGUCAUGUUGUAAAUUGGCAUCCUCGGCAAUGUAUGUAUGGGCUAAGGUUGGUAUUCCUUGCAGUGACGGUAAAUUUUAUUGUAUCCAGGCUUAUGCAACCUUACUUAUUAUUGGAUAUUUUUAUGUAUAUGCAUAUGUGCCUGUGUUCUUAUUAUACAAUGUUUCUAUCUUUCUUUACUCAUAUAUUAUUUAUAAAUCUUUAAGUAAUGGCUAUAUUAUAAUAACAAUUUUUUUUAACAUAAAUUUAGAUACUCUCGCAGGGAAAGUAUAUAACGAUUUUUGUUUAUAUUUAAUCCAUGAUAUAAAAUGACCCCGAAAGAGUUUAAAAUUGGAUUUCUUAACGCCGGGUCUUUAGGUACAAAUCAUGACGAGUUUAUAGCCGCAGUGGAUCAUCAUGAUGUUGACAUCAUGGCGGUAAAUGAGACAUGGCUCAGGGCGGGGGAGGAGGCGCGCGCGCCGUCGGUUCCCGGCUACCGGCUGCGGCAUGUACCGCGUCCGCUGAGCGUGCGCGGCGGCCGCGGCGGUGGUGUCGGAUUCUAUAUAAGAUGCGGAAUGAACGUACGGGCGCAUUCCCACCCUACUGACCCUACACAUACGUCGGUCGAACAGAUGUGGCUCGUGUUUACCAUAAACGGUAUUAGGCUUGCUAUAGGGACCGCCUAUCGGCCGCCGUGGUUGGAUGUGGAUACGUUUCUGGACGCACUGACCAUGUCUGUAAAUUCGUUAACAUUUUGCGACUACACUGUGUUGUUGGGCGAUUUUAAUAUAAAUUUUAUGAACACUUCUCCACCUGACAGUAAAUUAAACAAAUUGCAUAUUUUUUUAAAUUGCCUGAGCCUCAAUCAGUUAAUAACAUCACCUACACACUUCACAACCAACAACUCGAGCCUUAUAGAUUUGGUGUGUACAGACGCAAGAGUUACUGAUGUCAAUGUGUACCCAAUACAAGCUCUCGGUGCUCAUGCAUUUAUUACAACCACUCUUCGUAUAAAAAGGGAAAAAAUCCGGCCUCGAAUUGUAACUUACAGGGAUAUCAAAAACAUUGACUUAGAAAAUCUGAAAGACGCUCUGGACGCGAUCGACUGGCGUGGGGUGGUUUCUUCUCAUGACGUGGACUAUAUGGUAUACUGUCUGACAAACAAUUUACUGUGUCUGUUUGACACAUUUGCACCUCGCAGGAGUGUUAGGAUGAGGGAUAGAUCCUAUCCAUGGAUUACAGAAAACAUUAAACUCAUGAUGAAACUUCGAGACAAAGCCUAUAGGGAAUUCCGAAUUAAUAACACAUUAACUCACAAAAAACAAUACUAUACGGAUUUAAAGAGUCUAGUAACUAAAUCAAUUUACCUUGAAAAAGUAGCCUACUUCAAAUCAAAUAUUAAUAACAACAUCAAACAUCCGAAGAGGCUUUGGAAGAAUUUAAAAUCCACCUUGCUGCCUCUAAAGUCUGAUAAUGAACUACCCGCACAUUUCAAUGACCCAAACAAAAUAAAUGAUCAUUUUUUGAAUAUUCCCGGCGAUACAAUUACUUCCCUGUCGACUUACACCUACUAUGAAUUUCAUAGGUUCUCUGAUUGCAUCCUCUCCCUUAAUACAACCGAUGACAUGAAGAUUCUAAGGAUAAU